UUGACCAUAAUAUCCAAUAUCAGUAGUCUUUUUAAAGCAGCACCUCCUUUGUGUCAUCAGCACAUGAAGAAAGAACACGACGGAGAACAGGACGUGUUCAGAUCCGUCCUUUAUUUUUGUCCAUCGGAGCCACGGCGAUUUGAUGAAAUUUCUCUUGUAUGGAAGGUGCAUGAUUCUCAUCAAUAGUUUGCUUUGGAUUUUACAUCGAUUUUACUGGAUUUACACGUAAGGAUAACAUUCAAAUAUGUCCUGGGACAGAACAAUGAAAACGCAAGUGAGGCUUUUCGUUUCCCUCCUCUCCUUCGGCUUUGUGCUCGGGCAGGUCAGCUACAGCAUUCCGGAGGAAAUGUCCAGAGGAUCUUUAGUCGGUAACGUAGCUCAUGAUUUAGGUUUGCAGAUCAAACGUUUAAAAGCAGGGAAAGCGCAGAUUUUUUCACCAGACAGCGAGGAGUACAUAGAGCUGAGCAGAGACAGAGGAGUCCUCCUGGUUAAAGAACGGAUCGACAGAGAGGCGCUCUGCAAACAGACGACGCCCUGUGCUUUACAUUUUCAGAUCAUUUUAGAAAACCCGAUGGAGUUUUACAGUGUUACAGUUCAGAUCACAGAUAUUAAUGACAACGCACCGGUAUUUGAAAAAAAUAAAAAAGAAUUUAAGAUCAGUGAGUCCGCCGUUACUGGAGCUAUAUUUGUGCUAGAGAGAGCUGUGGAUCAGGAUGUUGGAAUUAAUGAUCUAAAAAGCUACAGCCUCAAACCAACCGAUAAUUUUGCUUUAAAGCUUUACAAUACGGCGGAUGGGAAUAAAAACGUAAAAAUGGUGCUACAGAAACCUUUAGACAGAGAACAACAGGAGCAAAUAAAUCUGGUGUUAACAGCUGUAGAUGGAGGAGAGCCGCAGAUGUCAGGAACCAUGCAGAGGAUCCAGAGUGACAAGAACCUCCUGGAUCAGCCUGACUCUCCUAUAGAGUGUGCAAGUUUGGWCUCUCAGGGCCGCUGUUGA